GGUAGUAGGACAAUACCACCAUAGUGUUCCUAUAUAAUGCGGCCAUCCCGGGCUGACGGGUGAAGGAGGCAGACAUAUUCAUCCGCUCUGAGGGAGGGGCUACAGCCGCUGACUGACAGAGAGGAGGAGCCUCAGGUAAAAGACAGAGUGAGUAUUGUGUGCACAGAUCAUGGAGACCCCACAGCCUCUGCACUCACUAGACCCUGUACCGAGGAGGGAAGGUCUGGAUGUGGAGGGCAGAUACAAAGACUUUGGGAUAACUCCAGACCGGAGCCAAGUAUUAGGCACAGUGAAAGACACGUUUUUGUGUGAUGAAGGAAAUCUGAUGGAUAACGGCCAGUCUGAGAAGCCAGUCUCAUUGGGAGAUGGAAAUCUUGCAGUCAAUUACCCGGAAACUCUUGGUAACAAGCAGUGUACUCCAUACAAAGAUGAAGACAUCCUAAUCCCAACCCUCCACCCCCCUAGACAACACCUGCAUAGACAGAAUUCCUCUAUUGCAGCGGUGGACGUCAGCAAAAGCAGCAAUAUUUUUGAGCAUAACAAACACCGAUUAGGCUCAAGAGGCAAUAGGUUUGGAGAGUCCUAUACGGACAUAGCCUCUACAUCCAUCCCAAGCCCCACGUACUGUUCUAAGUGCAAAAAAAUGUUUGCCACUAGUGAAGCAUAUGGCCGUCAUGAGCCAAUGCACGAGUUCAACUUCAAACUUUUUCCCUGCACAGAAUGCGGCAAGUAUUAUCGACACAACACUGCUCUUGUGAUACACCGGCGAACACACACCGGGGAGAAGCCAUACUGCUGCAGCGAGUGCGGGAGACGUUUUAAUGCCCGGUCAAGCUUGGUUACCCAUGGUAAGAUACACUCCGGAGAAAAACUGUACUCCUGCUCAGAGUGUGGGAAGAGUUUCUCCAAAACCGAUGACCUCUUCAACCACCAACUGGUGCAUUAUCGCGAAAGGAAAUAUACCUGCAGUGACUGCGGCAAGUGCUUCAAGGUGGAGUCAGAGCUCAUAGCCCAUAGGAAAAAUCAUCCUAUGGAAGAACUGUUUCUAUGUUCUUGUUGUGGCAAAGACUUUACCCAAUACUCCAAGCUUCUCCGGCAUGAGAAGACUCACCCAAAGCUUCCACCUGUCUUUAUCACCAGUGAGAAAAUGUUAAAGGACCAGGAAGCCUAAAAUUCCUGAUAUCCUAUAAAACUGCCACCCAUACUCGUAAGCAUUUCUGUACAUUUCUGGUCAGAGGAUAAGGCUUUCCUGAAGAUAUUCAUACAAUGGGGAAGAGUUUGCUUUGCUUCAGGGAAAAGCAGUCAUAUUGCUGAUGACUCUGAUGGCACCCUACCCAUCCCCUUCAUGAAAAGCUCACAUAAGCCGGCAAACCGAAAAAUAUAUAGUCACCAAUUAGCCCAACUCCCAUGGAAAAAAAUAAAAUCUGGCAAAGUUGGUCACUAGUUUUCUCUAGAUAUCUGGUCAAUGGAUGUUAAUGGUGUGUUGUGUCUGGUAUUUCAGAUCAGCUCCAUUGAAGUGAAUGGGCUGCAAUUCCACACACAGCCCAUAGAGAAAUGUGGCACUAUUUUUGGAAGAAAGCAGCCACGUUUUUCUAUUCCUGGACAGCCCCUUUAAGUUUAGUCUCCUGCUGAAGAUUUCUAUUGAUGGAGUGGUGGGGGCAGAUCAGAGGUCUGAAUUCUAAAUUUGAGAUGACUGAUUUUUGAAAAUUAAAUUUAUCUAGUAAAGGUCCAAAAAAACAUUCAGACCAGUGUAUUACACGCUGGUUUUAAUCUAUCCCCUCCUGGCAUCAGAUGCACAUCUUGAUAAUUUUCUGUCCAGGCUCGUAUACCUAAAUGGAGAUCUACAGCAGGAAGGGAGCUGGUAUAUACUUCCGCUAUAAACUAUGGCAGUUUCCUGGCAUAGAUUACAAUAAGGGUCCAUUCACACAUCCAUGUGUGUUUUGCGGAUCCACAAAACACGAACACCAGCAAUGUGCGUUCCGCAUUUUGCGGACCGCACAUCACUGGCACUUAAUAGA